CCCCUCGAGUCUGAAUUUCUUCUUCCAUAACAAUCCAAACCCCAAAAUCGGGUCUCUCUCCACCUCUCUUUUCCUCCAUGGAUACCUUCUCAAGCUCUGUUUCAACCCUCAAAGUCCCUUCCCUUCCUUCAACUCAUCGUGACUUCUAUCACUUCAAAACCGCUCCUUGUUCAUCACCCAACCUCCCUCCACAACCUCACCCCCAUGUCUCCUCCUCUUCUAAACCUAACUUAACCCCAAAAACCAAGCCGUUCUCUCACAAGGGUUUUCCUUCACUGGUCUUUUCUUCCUCUUCCAAUACCACAUCUUCCAAAAAUCCAAUCUUUUAUCGCAAUCCUGCUACUGGGUAUGCUGCAGCAGUCAUAGACGUAGCUCAAAGCAGCGAUUCUCUUCACCUGGUUCAAAGGGAUGUUCAGAGGCUUCUGGGGUUUCUGAAAAAUGUGAACUUUAAAGAAUCAGCCAUGGUGAGGACAGUGUUAGAACAGGGGAGGUUCCAUAGGCAUCUGGUGGUGUUGGUGAAGAUGCUGCUAAAGAAGAACAAGGUUGGCAUUGUGAAGCAAGUGUUGGAAGAAUUCGAGAGGAUUUAUGAUGAGCUUUGUGGAACGCAGGUUGUCUUGGUUUCUUCAGCAACUAAGAUAGAGGAGGAUCAACUGUUUGGGAUUGCUGAGAAUGUGCAGAAAAUGAGUGGGGCUUUGAAGGUUAAGGUGAGGAACUUGGUUCAUGAGAAUUUGCCCUCGUUUGCUGUGUGAAAAAAAAAAAAAAACUAGGAAAAAUGUUGUAAUUUACAAAACUCUUCCCUGCUUGAUAUUUGUUCCUUUCGAUAUCCAGAUUAUAUAGUGCCUGUGGCUUAUCACUUCAACUAGUGAUACUGAAUUAUUGAUAUGACAAAUAGGUGCCUUUGAACCAAAAAGAUAAUAAUAAAUGGAGAUGAUAUGGUUUGUUUUUUGUGUAUGUAAACUAAUAUCUACAAGGGAUAUAAUCAGCAUUCGAUUAAUACUGUCCUGUGCUUUUGCUAAAUGCUGCAAUAGCAGGUACGCUUUGUUCAA